AAAUAUUAAUUAAUAAAUAAGUAAAGAAUCGGUGCAUACAAUGAUUGCUCAGCACUUUAUCAGAUCGCCGUCAGUGCGACAAAAAUUAGAGGACAGGUAUGCGGGCCUUGAAUUACUAUCGGGUCUUUUAAUAGCGAUAUUAAUAAUACUGACAAUAUUUAUCAUAUCGUCGAUGACUGGCCUCUUGUCUCUGGUGUUGAUUGUGGUACUGAUGGCACUAUUGGUGGUCUUUCUGGGUCUGGGAUACUGGGCUUAUGAACGCAAACGACGAAUGCAGGACUCGUCCAUAUCAUGCCCGCUGACCACCGAUCAGAUGAAUAUACUGGGCCUCAGCUAUCGGCCCACAACCAUACCUGUCCACCACAACCACCACCACGACUAUCAUCUACAGCCACCCCAACACUACAAAUCCCAUCCCAACUCAAUCCAUAGCUCAUCAAUCCAUUCAUCGAUUAUCCACAAUAAAUAUUGAAAAUUGAAACUCAUUUAUAAAUUAACUGUUUUUUCAAAAAUAUAUUGAUUUGAAUUCACCGUAUAUUUGACAACAC